CGAGGAGGAUGACGAUGCGCCUCGGAGGCGCAGUUGCAUGAGGCGAGCUGCCGAGUCGCUCGUGAUUCCAGAGAGUAGCACCAGCCGAAGGGCCUACGAGGUGGCGUUGCUGGUGAUGCUGCUGUACAUCAGCAUCGUGUUCCCGUGGAGGCUUGCGUUCAUUGAGUACAGGCUCCGUGAGAGCAGUGACGCCCCAUGCAACACCCGGGAGGAGCCCUUCGGCUGGCAAGUGUGGGAGACAAUAGUGGCUUGGUUCUUCUAUGUCGAUUUGGUGCUGAACUUUUUCCUCACUUAUCGGAAAGGCGCGCGCGAGAUCAAUGACCCGUACAAGAUCGCGAAGAAUUAUUUGAGUACUUUUUUUCGUAUCAAUUUGAUCGCAUGCUUUCCCGAGUCGUGGUUCACGCCUUUGAUGGAUCAUAUCGGUAUAGAUCCAGGCGGCUGUGGUUCAGGUGGAAAUGGUUCUUCGCUUGUGCGCUUACACCGCGCCACCAGACUGAUCCGGAUGGCGCGCCUCUUCAGAUUCAGCAGCGCUGCACGGAAGGCGCAGGAGCAGCUGAGCGAUCGGAUGCAGGAGAUUUUGACGAAAGCGAAGUUUUUCAAUAUGAUGGUCAUGUUGGUAUGGGUACUGCAUGUCCUGGCUUGCGGAUGGUACCUGUGCGCUGCGCUCCACGUUGAUCACUCGGAGACUUGGCCCGCUCGCCGACCUCAGGGCCUGUCCGGGGGUAGCUUGCUGGGGGAGUCGUCCACGGUGCAGUGGCUACACUCGAUGUAUUUCGUUCUCACUGUAUUCACCACCGUCGGCUUUGGGGACAUCUUUGCCGUGACAGUCGGCGAGAUCGCUUACGUCGUCUUCGUCAUGUUGGUCGGCGCAAUAGUUCAUAGCAUUAUUAUCGGUGGUGUGAUCAACUUAGUGUCCGAGAAAAGCGAGGACGAGAAGUGGCGAGACCGUCAGAAGAGCCUCCUGACCGCUUUUGGGCGUCAGACGUUGAUGCAGCAUAGCUCCAUCAACAAGUUGACCAACCACAUCGACCAGAUGGAGUCGGGCCAGCAGGACUACGACGGGCAGGAGAUGCGCAACAUGAUCACGGGCGAUGCUCUCCCCCGCAGGCUCGUCGGCGAGUUGCCCACGCAGGUCUUCCAGGGAUUGCUGAUGGAUAGCAAGUUCGUGACUAACUGCGCGAUGUCCUGCUACGGAGGGGCGAUUCCGCCGCGGUUUACGGUACUGCUCGCCACCAUGCUGCGAGUGCAGCACUACAAGGCACUCGAGAUCAUCAUGCAGAUGCACGACAGUGCUUCGAGCAUCUUCAUCGUCCAGUCUGGCACUUUCGCCGCCAUCGGCGAGCCAGGACCGUGGGGUGGCUCGGAUGCAACGGUCUUCCGAACGCUCUCAGCAGCGAAGAAAAUGGCGCCAGCGCGAGUCGGCGAUGACGUUCAAACACCGUCCAAACCAGGGAGUGCGGACGAAAUUGACAGUCCGAAGAGCCCUACGAGAUCGAGCCCUACGAAAUCUCGCACCAUGGCACGAACGCUCACAGAGAAGUCGGUCGACAUGCAGAGAUCAGCAUCAAGCCCAAGAAGGCCCACCGUGACUUCACUGAAAAGAUUCGUUCUGAACCAUGCCAAGAGGAAUGCAUCCGACGUGUCCAGCCUCCCAGAAAUCACCGGGCAUCGCAAUUAUAGCAGCGUCUUGAACACGGACUGCGUAUCCACCCUGGAUCAGAAGGUCAGUGCUUGGAUACCCUUCGUCAGCGACGCAGAGCAAUGGUUGGAGAUCGAUCUGAUGAGAUCUCGAUUCGUUUCUGGAGUCAAGGUGGCAGGGCAUCCCUCAGAUGAUGCUUGGGUCACGGAGUUCAGGGUGCUGACCUCCACGAGAAGGGGUUUCAACAAUGAUAUUGGGCACUAUACCGAAGAGCCGCAGGUCUUUCCAGGAUGCGUUGAUAAAGAUACGGAGGUGGAGGUGGGUUUUGCACCGCGAAUGGCCCAGUUCAUCCGCAUCGUUCCCACCAGAUGGCACAACAGAAUCGGCCUGCGGGCAGGGGUGGUGCUCAGUCAAAACGUCCUCUUCCCUUACCAGCUGUACGGCAGGAAAAAUUACUUUGGCGACGAGGUGCUGUUCUCGAGCACCCGCAACUGCACGACGCGGUGCGAGGCCGACGGCGAGGUGCUCCUGCUGCACAAGCGCGACCUCCUCGCCAACGGCGUUGGCGGCAGGCUCUACGAGGAUUUCCCACAGUUCCAGAGGGUCCUCCUGGCGGUCGCGCUGAGUCGCCACACCCACCGCUUGGGCAUGCUCGCCAGGCUCACGAGAGGCUGCAGCUACAGGCACCUCGCGGCCUCCCUCGUCCAGCGGUUCUGGAGGAGCGCGGGCGCCAGGAAGAGCCGCGCGGCCGCGGGCUGGGACGCCGCCGUGGACGAGCUGCGGCUCGCCUCGCUGAUGGGGGGGGCGCAGGGGGUCUCGAUGGCGGGCCAGCCGACGGCGUCGGGGCACCCAACGGAUCCCAAGGUCGCUGGGCUGGUCGCCAGCCUGGGCGAGCUCCGCCACGACGUCGCCAGCCUGGGCCGCAAGGUGGAGGGCAUGGCGGCCUCGCAGGGCGCCCUCGCCGGGCGGCUGGAGGCCCUGGCCGCCCAGCUGCGGCAGCUGGUCGCCGCCGAGCGCCAGGUGGGCAUCACGGGGGCCUGUGUGAGCCCAGGCGUCAGGGCCGCCGCUGGCGACGCCGCCGAGGCACCGGACGAGGAGCCGCUGAGGAGCGUCUGAGGAGCUUGCGAGGAGUGCCGGUCGGGGCGGCGGGGCCCUCGCGAGCGGAGGGGGCGACUCGCGGGCGGGCCGCGCAGCCACGGCAAGGGCGCGGAGGGCCUCGUGUCCGUCUGCUUUCCGUCCUGCGGCGCUGGGGUGCUCCCUCCCCCGCUCCCCCAGCGACCUGAUUCCACGGCGCGUCUUGAGUGCCACCUCGCCAGGCUCUGCGCGGGAGCUUGCAUUGUGUGUUGCAGCUCGGAGAGGUGUCACCCGCCUGACCUUGGCAGAGGAGGCCCCCUUCUUCGUCAAAGGCUGCCCCACAGUACCGCGAAGUAGCCAUCUCCCGUUCGCGUGAAGAACGAGUGCAUUCAGCGCGUGAUGUUCUGAUUUUGGGUGCUACAGGCUGACGAUGAGACAUUGUGUACCAGAUGGUCGGCCUUGACUUUCGCGCAUCUCUUCUGCCCAACUGGUCUGCACAUGAUGGAUGUCGUUUUCGAUAGCGGCUGGCAUCCCCUACUUACGCACGUGGGCGUCUUUACUUCGUUUUUCCUCUCUUUGUCUCACAAGACUUCCUGCUGUAAGAGUCAGCCUGCCCCCUGUACCCCUAUAGCUCAACUCGGCACGGCAGAGGACUGAAAUUAAUUGCGUGGGCCGGCCGAAGCCAGCCGUGAACCCCCCACUCGACCACGCCGCCGGGGCCUGGAGAAUGCUCGUCGAAGUGUCCGCGCGGGCCGGUCGGCCGUGCGCGUGCUCUGUCACCCCUUUCUGUCGGCUGGGUCACUCUUACCCGGGGUCGCUCUUGCUUGCAGCCGAUCCUGUCGGUUGUUUUUCCCUUCUUGGCGUCUCCCCUCCGCCCAGAAGUCAUUGCGCCACCGUGCCGGCUCCAAAAAAAUGAGGUGUGCGGCUUCUGGCUUCGCGCGUGUGGCCUGCCGCUUCCCGUCGUGCUGCCUGCGUGCACGCGUGGUUGUUCUUUUUCGUGCUUCCCCCGUCGGUCCGGC